AUGGUCCAACCAUCAACAAUACUCAGUUUGUUCUUCGAUCUCACAACGUUAUGCUUCGUCUUUGCCUUCCUUCUCUUCUCCCUCUUCUCCCUCGCCACCAUCUUCCACUUCCGCGUCACGACACGAAAUUCCCAUCACCUCAGGGACUUCAAUUCCUUCUGGGCCGUUCGCACCCUCCUCGUCUCUUUCAUUGCGCUCUGGGCCCUCACCGAGACACUCCGACUCCCUUUCGUGCUCCUCCGCCGCUUACACUUCUUUUCUCGUCUUCUCACCCUGACCCAGCAGGCGGACAUCUGUAAGAUCCAUGUCGUCCUCUCCCUCGGUCUCUUUGAGCCCGGAUUCUUCGCCACCCUCCUCUAUCUCGUCGAUGUUUCCGUCAGGAAGAGGAACCCUUCCGAAACCUUCUCCGCAACCCUCUCCAUCAUCUCCGUCUGCUGCCUUCCCAUCUUCCUCUUCCAGGUCCUUUUCGUCUUCUUCCCCACCACCUCCUCUAAGCAGAGCGGGCUCACCGAGGCCCUCAACCGAAGCUUCGUCAUUAUCAAUGACGGCGCCGGCAACAACAACGUCUUUUGCGCCUACCCACUCUUAAGCUGCAUCGCCUCCGGCGCAUUCGGGGUUGUGUACGCCCUCUCUUUCCUGUUCUCCAGUUGGCGCGUGAUCUCCCUCGUCAUCAACAAGGGAUUGAGGAGUCGCACCUACGCGCUGUCGUCGGCGGUGCUGCUGGCGGUGCCCACUCAGAUCAUCUUAAUCGGAAUCUCUGUGCUCUGGAAUCCAGAUGAGCCGGUCUUUCAUGGGCUUGCGCUGUUCGGCUUCCUCUGCGUGCUAGCAUGCGCAGUGGGGUGUGUGUGCAUCCUCGUCAUCAAACCAAUCAGCGACGCCCUCGCUUUCUCAGGUGAGGCUUGCCCCCUUGACGACCGCGUCACUCGGGCUGCUGACGUAGAAACAGGUGGCAUUGAGUUAAAAGGGGAAGGGGAGAAAUGGAAAGAUAAGGAUGGACAAGAUUUUGAUUGA